CUGUGAAUGGUAAUGUGAGUCUUCGAAGGUUAUCGUGUUGCUUGGCCGGAGAUCCUGCGGAUAUAACCUCGCAGAACCUUGAAAACUGGUAGUUUGUGCGUUGUGCUGCAUCGUGUUUUCUACUAGUGACGUUAGAGACUUCACUGUGAGUGAAGAUGAUACCGAUGGCAUAUUCUACUGCGUGUAAAAUUAUUUUCAGAUUUCCACGUACUAUUAAUCCUCAUACGUCGCCCUCGGUGCUGACUAAGGUUUUAGCGUGUUCAUUCUCUUCAAGUUCAUCGAGAUGGAAAAUCAACAAGUGCUACAAUAAUGCUGUUGAAGCAGUAAAAGACAUUCCGGAUGGAGCAAAACUUUUAGUAGGAGGAUUUGGACUUUGUGGCAUACCUGAAAAUCUAAUUGGUGCUGUACUGCAGAGUGGCAUAAAAGAUCUUACUGUUGUUAGUAACAAUGCAGGUGUUGAUGAUUUUGGUCUGGGACUUUUACUUCAACAAAAACGUAUUAAACGUAUUAUUGCUUCUUAUGUUGGGGAAAAUGCAGAAUUUGAGAGACAAUAUUUGGCCGGAGAAUUGGAAGUCGAACUUACUCCUCAGGGAACCUUAGCAGAGCGAGUGAGGGCUGGAGGAGCUGGUAUACCUGCUUUCUAUACUCCCACUGGUUUUGGCACUCUUAUUCAUGAAGGGGGUGCUCCCAUUAAGUAUAAGGAGGAUGGUUCUGUGGCUUUGGCUAGUAAGAGAAGGAAUUCAGAUAUAUUCAAUGGAGAAAAUUACAUCUUGGAAAAGGCAAUAACGGGAGAUUAUGCAUUGGUUAAAGCAUGGAAAGCAGAUACUGCUGGAAAUCUCAUUUUUAGGAAAAGUGCUCGGAACUUCAAUCCUGCUAUGUGCAGAGCAGCAAAAAUUGCUAUUGUUGAAGUGGAAGAGUUGGUAGAGGUUGGUCAAAUCCAACCUGAUGAAGUUCACCUACCAGGAAUAUAUGUGGAUAGAAUUAUUGUUGGGGAAAAAUAUGAAAAACGAAUUGAGCGAGUAACUAUUAGGAAACCACAGAAAGAAGGAUCUGCAGCAUCCAUGAAUCCAGCUGCACAGCGUCGUGAAAGGAUUAUUCGUAGAGCAGCUUUGGAAUUCAAGAAUGGAAUGUAUGCCAAUUUAGGAAUUGGAAUGCCAAUGCUUGCCAGCAAUUAUAUUCCUGAAGGAAUGGUAGUCAAUCUUCAAAGUGAGAAUGGAAUUUUGGGACUAGGUCCUUUUCCAGCUACUCAGGAAGAGGUGGAUGCAGAUUUGAUUAAUGCAGGAAAAGAAACUGUAACUGUCCAAACAGGUGCUGCGUACUUCAGCAGUGAUGAUAGUUUUGCAAUGAUUAGAGGUGGUCAUAUUGAUUUGACAAUUCUGGGAGCUAUGCAAGUUUCACAAUAUGGAGAUUUAGCCAACUGGAUGAUACCGGGUCAAUUGGUUAAGGGUAUGGGAGGAGCAAUGGACCUUGUCUCAGCCCCUCGCACAAAAGUCGUGGUCACAAUGGACCAUAAUGCAAAGGAUGGCUCUCAUAAAAUUGUAUCAAAAUGUUCUCUGCCCCUGACUGGCAAAAAUUGUGUGGAUAUGAUUAUAACAGAAAAGGGAGUUUUCAAUGUUCAUCCUGAAGGUGGUUUAACGCUGGUUGAAAUCGCAGAUGGAGUAACUGUGCCAGAUAUAAUUUCCAGCACUGGGUGUGAAUUUGCUGUAGCACCCGAUCUCAAACCAAUGGGACGUGUACAAGUUAAUACAGAAGAUGUCCAGGCUGCUGCUGCAUAAACUUACAACAACAUUGCUCUUUUUACUUCUUGGUCUUCUAUUUUUUAUUUUGAAUUUUUUUAAAUUUUUUGAUCUGUUGUAUUACACAUGUAUUAUGUUUUCUUCUUAGUGUUGUAAACCAGUUCUGAUCAUUUAAAAAGUGUGAAUUUGUAAGUUUUAACGCAAUGUAUAAAAUAACGAAAAGCAAGUUCAAAAAUGAAUGUUCUUAUGUGGAUAUUAUUUGCGCUCUGUGAAUUAGUGAACCUGUAAACUUGUUUAAUACAAUACUAAUUUUUCCAAGGCAACUAAUUCAUUGGAGAUUUUGGAUGCUUUCCUCUAGUCGUUUAACAAGUUGCAUUCAUAUUUGAACUUUCUGCUUUUCUAGACCAAGUUUACUUACUCAACAAUGAUUUUUUUCAUUUUGUGCACUACUCAAAUCCUUUUGGUGAAAUGGUUUUUAAGGUUUAUUUUAUUUCUUAUUAAGUUAGGAAUAUUUUUAAGAACUGUUGAUUUAAUCGUGAAUUUUCCAAUUUAAGACUGUUAUAAAUAAGAAUUGUAAUGGGAGCGAGAAUUCAGUUGUUCAUGUCUUAUUUACAUGUAAAUGAAAAAAAGGGAUGAUUUGUAAAUAUGUUAUUGAGUACUAAUAGCUAUUUUUAUAUAAAGUGUUGCUAAUAGAUUUGUUGAAGUGUUAUUUAU